GACAAACAUAGGUUUCUCAUAUUCCUUAGAACUCAAUAAGCUUUAAGAUUCUGAUUACAGAGAAUCGCGACUCUUCAUCAGUUGARGGGCAUUAGAACCGACCUGGGAGGCUAUAAGUAAUGAAGAUCGAGGGAUCAGUUGCGCUAGUAACUGGGGGAGCGUCAGGAAUAGGUAGAGCGGUUUGCGAGGCGAUACUUGAACGUGGUGGAAAGGUGAUUUUGGUUGAUAUCAACACGAAGAAUGGCGAGCAAGUAGCCAAACAUUUCAUCGACACUUAUGGGACAGGCAAAGCUGCUUUCUUACAGUGUGAUGUCUCAGUUCAAGAAGAACUCGAGGCUACGUUCAACAAAGCAUUCUCCCUUCAUGGACAAAUCGACAUCGUUUGCAAUAAUGCUGGGAUAUUAGAUGAGAAAAACUGGGUCAAAACACUGGAUAUUAAUCUGAAAGCGGUUGUUCAAGGGACAAAGUUGGCGAUUGAACGAAUGAAGUCUGGAAUCAUCAUUAACACAUCGUCUACUGGUGGUCUUCAUGCAGCAUCGUUUUGUCCUGUUUAUUGCGCAUCGAAGUUUGGUGUUAUAGGAUUUWCGAGAAGCAUCGCUCCGACUGCUUUUCGGAAGAAAGGAAUUCGCGUUAACUGCGUUUGUCCCGGRGGAACAGAUACUGCAAUUUAUGAAGCAUUUGAGAAAUUAGAGUUAACUCAGGAACAAAAAGAACUAAAGGAAAAACUGCAGAAACAAACCCCCGAUAUGGUAGCAAAGUGCUUUAUAGAUUUGAUCAAAGACGAUAACGAUAAUGGACAAAUAAUGAAAGUGACAUACGAGAAUGGAGCAGAAUAUGUCGAUUACCAUGACACUGUUAUAUAGAGUGCAAUAGAAAAUGACAGAUAUACAGUAGGAAUAAGGAAGCCAAGCUUUACAGAACGAAGACCCUACCAUCGCCAUUUCAUGCCUUUACCAAGGUUGCUUCCAAUUUAUAUACGAUAUAAUAGCUAUCUUUUGCGAAUACCAGAAUAUAUUAGAACACUUUUUGAUUAAAAACACGGUGAAAGAUUCUGAAGGACGACCUUUCGUCGAAACACAUCUUUAAUGAAGAGGGGGUUGGGCAAAGAGGAUUAGAGGUUGYGAAUAAAAUAUUGAUCAAAAUUGA